UAUGUCAUAGUGGUUGCAGAUUCAAUUACGUACGUAGCCAUGCAUUAAACCCUAGCCCUUAUUUACCAAACGUUUGCUUCAUCGGACAUCUGUAUAAACAUCCAUUUAAUUCUUUGUCACCAUUUCUUGAGCUGAUCUUCAUCACGAAAAUUUCGAGCUUUCUUGCAGCAAUUUGCUUCUUCACACAAAUCCCACCUCUAUAUAAACCUAGCCAACUUCAAUCAAUUUUUCUCCAUCUCACACUUUUCUCUAUAGCAAUAUAAUAUACACCAAGUCUUCAAGAAUGGCUCAUUUUUCUCAUGAAAAAGGUGCAAUUUUUAGGGUUUCUUUGGUGGUGGUGGUUGUCAUGGCGGCGAUGGUUUUAAGGGGUGAUGCAAAAUGCGCGUUUGAGGCGAUCUUCAACUUCGGUGACUCGAACUCCGACACCGGUGGCUUUUUUGCCGCUUUUCCAUCUCAGUCUUCUCCCAAUGGCAUGACCUACUUUAACCGCCCGACUGGCCGACCUAGCAAUGGCCGUCUCUUUAUCGAUUUCCUAGCACAAGGUUUGGGAUUGCCAUUUCUGAGCCCAUACCUGCAGUCGAUUGGAUCCGAUUUCAGACACGGGGCCAACUUUGCCACGUCAGCUUCGACGGUUCUUCAGCCAAACACUUCGUUAUAUGUCACCGGUGUUAGCCCCUUUUAUCUGGCUGUCCAGAUCAACCAACUGAAGAAUUUCAAGGCAAGAGUUGAAGAAUUCAAAUCCCAAGGACAAACCAAUCUUCCUCAACCGGAUGUAUUCGGAAAAUCGCUCUACACAUUUUACAUCGGCCAAAACGACUUCACUGGCUACGCAUCCUCGGCGGGCCCCGGCGGUGUCAAGCAAAUUCAGCCACAAAUCAUUUCCCAAAUCGUUAGCGCCAUCAAGGAAAUCUAUUGGCUAGGAGGGCGAACAUUUAUGGUCCUAAACCUAGCUCCGGUGGGUUGUUACCCUACAUUCUUGGUGCAACAAUCACAGGGUGGCUCGGAUAUAGAUCCUUCCGGAUGCAUGAUGUCAUACAACAACGCAGUAAACGAUUACAACGAGAAUCUCAAGCAAGCUCUCUCCCAAGUUAGGCAAGAACUCCACGACGCAAACGUGAUCUACGUGGACACAAACUCCGUUAUUCUAGACCUUUUCCGAAACCCCACUUCACACGGGAUGCAACAUGCGACAACUGCAUGCUGCGGAUACGGUGGCGGUUCGUACAACUAUAACCAACAAGUGUUUUGUGGAGCUACAAAGGUUGUCGACGGUCAAACAGUGACGGCUUCGGCUUGUAGCGAUCCGCAGAAUUACGUGAGCUGGGAUGGGAUUCAUUUGACUGAAGCUGCUAACAAGAUUGUGGCUUAUUCCAUACUUAGUGGCUCAAACUUUGAUCCUUCUUUUGCUCUUAAUCAGUACUGUGAUAUCCAGCCUAUUGGUUGAAGUAUGUGUGUGUGUUUAAUCAGCCAUGAAUAAAUAAUCAGUGUGUUGACUGAAGAGAAGUGUAAUGAAAUGUGGAUAGUUUAAUCCUUUGGAUCGUGAAUAAAAUUGUGAAUGUUAAAUUCUCAGUUUCGAU